AUGAGCUGGUGGGAAAGUAUUAAGUUAAAAUAUCAUCAAUGGAAGCACAAUAUCGAUGCAACACCAGUGGAAGGUGAACAAUACAAGGAUGCUCCACGUGUUCAAGAUCUCCCUCAUAUGAAAGAUUCUCAUGGGAAUUUAAUCGCUGUUUCAUCGGGUAAUAGAGAACUUUCUCCUGUAUUAAGUGAAAGAUUUCACAUAAGCAACCCUCACGGCUCUGCAAAGGGACCGGAGAACAUAGACGAUAAGAUAUAG